AUGGCGGCAAAACUCAUUGACAAACGGCUCCACAAUGUUCCCGGCAAGAUGCGGGUGGCUGAGUGGUUUUUCGACGUUCCAGUCGACUACAACAAGUUACCCUCAGAGGGCGGGAGCACCCUGAGACUGUUUGCUCGGAGUGUCUCACGUUUGGACACUCCUGUUGAGCAGCAGCCAAAAGAAGAGAGCAAGGCUCCCAUCUCGUGGCUUCUCUACCUCCAGGGUGGACCAGGCUUUGGAUGUGGCCCCCCUCAAAACUACGCUUGGGUUGAGCCAGUGCUCAAUAAGGGGUACCAAGUGAUGUUCAUGGACCAGCGUGGCACUGGUCUUAGUCAAACAAUUACAGCGGGUACUCUUGCGCGCCAAGGCAGUCCAAUCCAACAGGCCGAGUAUCUCAAGCAUUUCCGCGCAGACAAUAUCGUCAAUGACUGCGAGGCAAUCCGUCAGUACUUGACCCAAGACUACCCAGAGGAUCAGCGGAAAUGGAGUAUUAUGGGGCAGAGCUUCGGUGGCUUCUGCGCCACCACUUAUCUUUCGAAAUACCCUCAGUCUCUGAAGGAAGCUUUCAUCUGCGCUGGAUUGCCUCCUCUGGUUAGUGACCCAGAUCCGGUCUACGCUCGGACCUAUGAAAAGGUUCUUGAGAGAAACAAGGCUUACUACAGCAAAUACCCUGAAGAUGUUGAUCGAGUCAAGACCAUCAUGAAGUACUUGACCGCCAACAAGGUCGCUUUACCUUCAGGAUGGCUCACCCCGGCUCGAUUCCAGCAACUUGGCCUUAUGUUCGGUUUCCACGGGGGAAUCGAUAUCGUUCACGAUGUUGUUCUCCGCGCUUGCAGUGACCUGGAGAUUUUCGAUUCUUUCACCCAGCCAACUCUAGCCACAAUCGAUGGCAAUGGUGGCAUGGACAAUAACAUCAUCUACGCCAUCCUGCACGAGGCAAUUUACUGCCAAGGGAGGUCAUCUCGGUGGUCUGCCGACAGAAAGGUCAAGCAAGACAUUCGGUUCAAAACCGACGGCUCUCAGCCAGAGAUCUACUUCACUGGAGAAAUGGUUUUCCCCGACAUGCUCGACUCGUACUCGGAACUUAACGAAAUCCGAGAGGCUGCGGAGAUUCUGGCUAAGACCGAGGACUGGCCUGCCCUCUACAACGAAGACGUGCUGGCACAGAAUGAAGUCCCGGUCUUUGCUGCGACCUAUAUUGAUGAUAUGUAUGUGCACUAUGAUCUCGCUUCCCAGACUGCUGCCAAGAUCAAGGGUAUUAAGCAGUUUAUCACCAACACAAUGUACCAUGAUGCACUGCGGAGCAAGUCCGGGGAGGUUAUGCGCCAGCUCUUUGCCCUGCGUGAUGAUACCAUUGACUGA